CCCAACUUCUGGACAAAUCGAUUACUCAAUAGUUUCAUCAAUAGUGUAACACGUGUUUGGGUCGCCUAGGGAUUGCAGUUGCUAGGAUACACAAUAACUCGAGCCCCCCGUUGAAGAGGGCCAACAAUGGUCAACUAGAAAGAUUAAAAGUGAACAAGAUGGUGAACCGAGGUGAGUUUUGGAGUGAGGUGCGCCGUAAGAAAUGCGGGCGCGAAAAGAAAGCCUUGCGAAUCGUACCUGCAUUCACUAUCCAGGCGCUCCAGGCUAAUACGGUGGUAGCUUCGCCACCGAGAAUCAGCUUGUUCAAAGAGCGUCCGGCGAAAAUAUCGGUAUUUCGCAAGUACUAUGAACGUGGAAUGUUCCCGUUGACGCUGGAAGUCGAUGGGGGCGCAGGUCUGCACGUCACAUGGAAACUUAGUUCCGGCAAACUCGGCAUGGAAAAGCUCGACUACAAAUACUAUCUCCCACUAUUCUUUGACGGCCUGACUGAGAACCGACAACCUUAUAGCUUCAUCGUCGAGCAAAGUAUCACGGAUAUGCUCGAGGUGGGCAGCGUCAAAGUCCUGCCGGUCAUUCCCUACCUCAUCAAGCCGAUAAAAAAAUCUCUCGACACGAAAAUUCCUGAAGUUAUUUGUAGAACAUGUAGAAUUUUGCAACGGUUAGUUCGCUGUGGACCUUGCAUUGGUGAAGCUUUGGUACCAUAUUUUCGACAAAUUUUACCGAUAUUUAAUCUAUUUAAGGAAAAAAAAGUUAAUUUAGGUGAAGCAAUAGAUUAUUCUCAGCAACGUGGAGAUAAUGUACCUGAUUUAAUUCAAGAAACAUUGGAAAUAUUUGAACAAUAUGGCGGAGAAGAUGCCUUUAUAAAUAUAAAGUACAUAAUUCCAACUUACGAAUCCUGCAUAAAUAAUUAA